AUGUCGGACUACAUCAACAGCCAUGUCACCGAAAUAGAAGACUUGAGCGAAUUGUCCCUUCGGAUCGCAGAACUCGAGCAAUUGAAGCAGAGAAUCGCUGCCACGGCCCAGUCCAAAGUCACCACCGACGACACCCACAACGACUUGGAUUCGGCCCACGCUGAAUCGUGCGCCCACAAGAUCACCAGCGUGUUGAGCUAUGCGUUGGAUGAGGGAAAUCACCACGAACUUCUUGCCAAUUUGGAGGGUUUGAAGCAGGAGUUCGGACACUUGGAAGUGAUCCGCCAGUUGACCACUCUCUUGGAUGCAAAGCGCGAGAAAACCAAGGCGAUCCAGUUGAUUGAAGCAGCUAGGCUGAUCGAAAGCCAGCUUCAGCCUGACAUGAGUGUUCUGGAUUUGAAGUUGUAUGCCCAAAAAACAAAAGAAAUCGAUGACGGCAGCACUUUGGCCUCUGAGGUGGUCCAAAUCCUUAAUCUCGCCCUCCAGCAGAUUGUCGACCAAAAGAGAGCACUCUUGGAAGUGAAACUAACUGAACUCAACGAGAAAAGUGGGUGGUAUAGCAACCAACCAGCCAAAAGCCCUGAAACCUUCUUCGAUCUUCCUGAAUGCAUAGGAGAAUUGAUUGAGCUACAGGCCAUUAUGAAUUUUCCCGUGUAUCCUGACUCUUGGUGGGCAGUAGAUGUAAUGUUGAAGCCUGUGGUUACCAGAUUCAACUUUCACUACAACAAUAAUAAAGAGACGAACAAUAUAUCUAAACCUGAGUGGGCACUUGCUUUCGUGAGCCUGUUUUUGGACAACAAGGCUGGAGUAUUAGACUCGCAUUUUGGAGAAGUGUUCAACAGAAUCAACAAGUUCGUCUUGUUUGAGGUCAUCACCGGGAUAUUGAAGCCGUUGAGAUUGAAAAUAGUAAGCAUGGAAAAGUCAUUACAUAAGAUUGCCUCCUCUGAUACGGCCUCUUCGGAUGACUACGAAAGAUGUGGCAGAUUGUUGACCCAUUUGAUUUAUGAAGUCGCUGCAUUUGACCAGAAAAUCAGAAAUCAAUUUCAUUACAAUCCAUACACAGAGGAUGUGAACCAAGCACCUAAGAAAAAAUGGGCUGGCCUUGCUGGUGAUAUCUUCCACAACCAAGAUGCUGACAGUUCUUCCGUCAAAACCUGGCUCAAUUUUGAGAAUCAAUUGGCAAACAAAACGUUCCAAAGUGAAAUAAUAAAUUCGAAACAAGCUCUCAGCAUAGAUUAUGACUACAGGGGCGCCAACGAUGAGGAAAACCUGGAAACUACUCUCAAACCAACCUAUUCUGCAUAUGCCUUGGUGAAGUUAAUGGAUACGCUCACUAGCCAUUUCCAAACCUUGGGAAUCGUCAAGUAUCAAUUGAAGUUUGUGUCAGGUGUACAAUUGACCAUGAUAGAUAAGUAUUGUGAACAUCUUGGUGGUUUGUUCAAGACCUUGUCGGAGACCUACAGUCAAAGUAAGAUGAUGGGCUUGAUUCCAGGUGGCUUGUCUUCCGAUAAUAAAGCUCCUACCGAGAACAAUACAGUUGUUGGAUUGAAAUCAUUGCAAGGGUUUACUGAAAUAUAUUGCCUGGCGAAGUUUAUUCUGAACGCAUUAGAAAAAUGGAGUCUUGACCUUAUAUUUGUUCAGUUAUGGAAUGCAUUCAAAUCCGCCAGCUCCAAGUCUCAAAAGGAAGAUCUGUCUAUUUUCGACAGCGCCUUGAAACAGUACGACCAAUUGACCACCAAGGUAUUGAAGAAGAUCGAGGAGUUCUUCAAGAAGGAAAUUAGGGCUUCAUUGAAGAUCUACGUGAAUUCCAGCAGGUGGGAUAUUCCUGAGACAGAUGACGCCGAAGCUUCUAAUGACUUGGGGCCUUUAGUGACUGUCGUUCCUAAGUACUUGAAAUUCUUGGAGAAAAGCGUGUCUCAAUAUGAUUACCACUUGAUAUCGGACCAGGUUGUCUCGCUUAUCUCGAACAUAUUGUAUGAGUAUAUCAUCACCAAUCACCAAUUCACCAAGGCAGGAAUCUCGCAGUUUGCUGUUGACGUAGACUACAUUGUUUCUCAGCUCCACAGUGUCUUAUACCUUGACCAGCACAGAGGGUAUAGCAAUGACGAAAACCCUGACUUUUUGAGGUUGAAGCAAUCCAUUCAAUUUCUUACUGAUAUUGAUGCGCAAUCGGCUGAGAUCUACAAAAAGAGCUACGAUUUCGGCGCCUUGCGGAAGAAACAUGGAACGUCCUUGUCUGCAUUGAGCAAUUCAGAUAUCAGUGACUUGUUGUUGAGAAUUUUGUGA